CGAAGAUAUUCUGUGGGCGCCAUUUUAUAAACUUUUCCUUCGCUACGUUGUAUUAGUUACCACCACGGAUUUCAUGAACCCCUUGAUUUGCAGCAGUUUGAAAGAAAUGCUGAUAGAUUUCCUUUCCCUGGUGAAAAAUAAGCUAUAGGGAGUUUUUUUUUUUGGAUGGAUCGGUACGUGCGAGUCAAAAAGAUCGGCGAAGGGUCGUUUGGAAAAGCCUUGUUGGUGAAAAACAAGGCCGAUGGAAAGCAGUAUGUUAUUAAGGAGAUUGGCAUUUCUAAGAUGUCACCUAAAGAGAGAGAAGAAUCCAGAAAAGAGGUGAAAGUCUUGGCUAAGUUGAAACACCCAAACAUUGUGUCGUACCAAGAGUCGUUUGAAGAAAAUGGAAACCUCUACAUUGUUAUGGACUACUGUGAAGCAGGUGACUUGUAUAAAAAGAUUAAUGGCCAACGGGGAAUGCAGCUGCCUGAAGACCAGGUUUUAGACUACUUUGUACAGAUAUGCCUUGGGUUGAAACAUGUACAUGAUAGGAAAAUCCUUCACAGGGAUUUAAAAUCACAGAACAUAUUUUUAACAAAGAAUGGAAUAGUCAAGCUUGGAGAUUUUGGAAUUGCAAGGGUUUUACACAGCACCAUGGAACUUGCACGUACCUGUAUUGGUACACCAUAUUAUUUGUCCCCAGAAAUCUGUGAAAACAAACCUUACAAUAAUAAAAGUGAUAUCUGGUCGCUUGGAUGUGUUCUCUAUGAAUUGUUGACCCUCAAACAUGCUUUUGAAGCAGGAAAUAUGAAGAAUUUGGUUUUAAAAAUAAUAAGCGGGUCAUACCCACCUAUCCCCUAUAUGUACAGUGCUGACAUCAGAGGCUUAGUUGCACAAUUGCUAAAACGAAAUGCCCAUGAUCGCCCAUCAAUUAACUCAAUCCUGAAGAAGCCAUUCAUUCAAAAAAGAAUCGAGAAGUUUUUGUCUCAGGAGAUAAUGGCAGAAGAGUUUAGCCACACUGUAAUUCAUCGUAAGCCUCUGGGUGUACUUGGCCAGCAAAGGGUAGUACCCAAACCUGUAAAUAAACCUGCUCCAGUGCCACAAAAGUACAGUAACCCGAAAGCCAAGUAUGGAGUUUCUGUCGCAAAAAAGAAGCCUCCAGUUAAGAAACCUGGCUCUGGAGAAGCUGCAAAGAAACCACCUUCCAGACCAAGCAAUGCUGCACAAGAGAAACCUGUUGACAAGAAAAAAGAGCCAGAUGCUCGUGAAAGAAGACGCAAGGACAUGAUGCAGAAUCAGGUUUUAGACUACUUUGUACAGAUAUGCCUUGGGUUGAAACAUGUACAUGAUAGGAAAAUCCUUCACAGGGAUUUAAAAUCACAGAACAUAUUUUUAACAAAGAAUGGAAUAGUCAAGCUUGGAGAUUUUGGAAUUGCAAGGGUUUUACACAGCACCAUGGAACUUGCACGUACCUGUAUUGGUACACCAUAUUAUUUGUCCCCAGAAAUCUGUGAAAACAAACCUUACAAUAAUAAAAGUGAUAUCUGGUCGCUUGGAUGUGUUCUCUAUGAAUUGUUGACCCUCAAACAUGCUUUUGAAGCAGGAAAUAUGAAGAAUUUGGUUUUAAAAAUAAUAAGGUAUGGAAUUGGUCAAGUAAGACAAAUCUGUUGUUUACAGGAGUGCAAUAUUGAAGCAUGCCUCUAUAAACUUCAAGACAAAUGUCUUCAAUCCUGUUUUGUUCUAAAUACCUGUGUACAAUUGAUUGACUUGCUUCUUCUUAUGCAAGAUACUCUCUCCUCUGUGAAAGUGAAAAAGCCUGCGGCUCCAUUUGCUGGUGUAAAACCAAGUCAACCAAAUGUCGUUAACAAGCAGCCACAGGCAAUGCAUAAAUAUCAAGAAAAGGCUGGAGACAAGGAAUCCAAAGAGAACAAACCAGCAAGACCCUAUUCAGCAGACAAUCGGAACAGACAACCAAAUGCAGCAAUCAAAGGUGCUGGGCGACCUGAGUCUGCUAACGACGCUAACAGAGCACCAGCAGCCAACCCUGUCAGCCUGGCAUGGAAUGCAGCCAAACAAGGACAGGCAGAUAGAGCUCAAGGGGCUGGGGCGGCAGAGCGAGCGCGUGUCGUGGAAGAAUUCUGGAACAGAAAGAGAGAUGCACAAAGAAACAGAGCUAGGGGACAGAAUUUUAAUGUACUCCCCGAUCACUACCCGCCAGGUAACGUUGCUCAGAAGAAAGAUGGUCUGUCUGCCAAGGACGCAAAGGAAAAGGAAUAUCUUUCACGUCUGGAAGCUAUUCGGCGCCAAAACUUUCAUGAACGAAAAGAAUUACAAAGAAGAAUGGCAGGAGUGCGAGCGCCAGUGGAGGUACCACCGGCGCAGAAAGAGAACGUAAUGAUUCCAGGAGACCCACGUUAUGAUCCUGCCGCUAGGAAGAAGAAAAUCGCUGAUCUCAAGGCUCAAGCAGAGGAUCAACUUGAACAGAGAAAGAAAACGAUUCUAGCGAGAAUCAAUAAAGAAGGCAAAGAAAGACUGGAGAAGGAAAGCCAAAGACAAGAUCCUGAUAAGAGGCCGCUUCCUGCUUUAGCAAAAUAUGAAAGACCAGCAGAGCCCGCGCCAAAGCCAGCGGUUGCCCCUGUGGGUCUUGAGACAGCUUUGAAAGAAGUAGGAGCCACAAAGCUGUUCAGAUCGAAUUCAGAGAAUGAUCUUCGUAAGAUGACAGAAGAAGACAAGAUUGAGCCUCUUGCACCGCGAAGGGCCUGGGGAGAUAUUCCUUUCCAACCACGUGUCCUACCAUUAGAGGUGACAUCAUCGGCAAUGGAAGCAACCUGUGCUGGUGAUGCAGUAAUGAAACCAGCAGCGGAUGCCGCUAGGAAGCAAUGGGGCAAACCACAAAUGACACAAAUCAUCUCGGCUUUGGGAAACGCCAAGCUCCAAACUGCUACAACAGCCAUAGAAGGAGGUGAUGAACAAGAUGCGUUAAAGAAGGCUCAACCAGCUGUUGUCAUUCAAUCACCUGCUGGCACUUCAGUCUCUGCAAUGGGCACAACUGUCACGCUACAAAGCCCCUCUGUCACGGUACAAAGCCCCUCUGUGCCUCCCUCGUUAGGAGUGACGGUGGUGAAGUCGCCCACCACAGAGUCCCCAAAAACUGUUAUUGUCACAAAGGAUAAGAGCGAGGAAGUGACUGAGGCAGUGAGUUCGAAAGGAGGGGCAACAAUUACUAUAUCUGGAAAGACAGAAGAUGAACUUAAAAAAUCUCCUGUACUGGACACGAUCUCCGAGGGAAUCAAAGAGGAUGACAUCAGCACAGAUAACGGUACUGUAAAAGCGGAGAAUGCAGAUGAUUUGAAUUUAGAAGAAGUGGAAUGUAUCACCGAGAAAAAGGGCCCCGAAGCCUCGCCCGAAAAACCCACACCAGUUAGUCCUGUGAAGGCCUGGGGAGAGGAAAAGGCCACUACACCGACUGAUGGUGCUUCCAUACAAAAAUCUUCCCGCAGUGCCUGGGUAGACGAUGAUAAGAGAGCUGCCUAUCAACAGUUCUUGAUGGCGUCACGCGAGCAAGCUGGCGCAGAAUCCGAGUCACGCAAUGAAUCACACGGUAAAGAAUCUGCGUCACACACCCAAGACGAGCAGGAACCAGAAGAAGCUCUGUUUAAACGAGUUGAUCGAAAAGAGAAAAAGAAGGAAACAGGAUCAGAGGAUCUUGAAGUGCAAGACAUUUCACUUGAUGACUCAUCAUUCCACACGGCUGAUGGGUCUCUAAACAGGUCAAUGCGGGCUGCAGAGCUACAAACAGGAAUUUAUGAUACGAAUUUUACAAGGCUACGAACUUGCUCUCUACCUGACCUGAGGAUGUUGUUUAAGACCGUUACCCCCGGACAUAUACAGACUCCAGAAGAGGAGCAGGGGCAGGUAGAUGAGGAUGAACACGAUGACGAAGAGGAAAAUGCUGACGAGGAAGAAGACUUGGAGGGGGAUGAAGAAGUUGAUAGAGGAAAUGGAGAGCUUGACGAUGAUGAUGAUGACGACGACGACGAUGAUGAUGAUGAUGACGACGACGAUGAUGAUGAUGACGACGACGAUGAUGAUGACGACAAGGAUGAUAACGAGGGCGAUGACGAUGACGUAGAAGAAGAGUUAAAUUUUGGCAGCGAGGAAGAUGAAAGUGAAGAAUUUGAAGAUAUGUUGAAUUCCAUGAGAGACGUACUUGUGAGCACAGGACGAUCUCCUUCACCGGUCAAGAGCAUGCAUGGAACUGCAAACAGUUUGGAUUGGGAUCACUGCGCGGACACACAGUCUCCAAAAGACGACGAAGGCGACGGAGUGGGACUAGAACGAUCGUCAUCUGAAUUAUCCAAUCUGAACGAGGACUGGGACUCAGGUGAUGAUGACGAUGAAGAAGACUCAACCAGGCAGGAGGCUCGAGAGAAGAAGCGUCAGGAGGAAGACGAGAGUUUGUUUCAAAGACUGGAGGAGUGGCGGCUAAUGCUUGAGCAGGAAUUGGGAAUUAACAAAUUUCUACGCGUCUACAAGUUUCUCCAGUCUGUCCAAGAAAAUGAAGACGAUAGCGCGGAAAUCGGCACUGCUGGUGAGAUCAGUGAACUGCUGGGAGACAAAGAACAUCUGUAUCCCAAGAUACUUUACCUUGUCAUAGCAGACUCAGCAUACACUGAAGAUAAUCAGUGAAGCACGACUGCUGCCAUCAUCGAUAAAUUAUUUUUUUAUCACCGGGUGAAAAGAACGUGGACAAUGUUUAAGAUCAAAAUUCACUUUUAUGAAAGAAUCCAGAUUGUAUAGUGUAUAAUAAGAGGUACGUUAACAUUGAUUGGUGGUAGAUCUUCUCUUAUUGUCCAUGGGAUAGUUCCGCCUUUGUUGUUAUCCUGAGUGGCACUAACAAGCAAUAAAGCGAUCAAAAUAUGUCAAUUUAAAGCAAAAAGUUGAUCGUCCGGUUGUGAGUAGAGUAGUAAGAUACAAAAGGUAGGCGCUCUAACACAAAAUCUACUUCACAUUUACUUUGCCUUUGGCUCCGAUUAAAACUAUCAAUAGAUAUGAAAAAGAACCAAAAUAAUCACUGCCAAUUGUCUCUUUGACUUCAGUGAUAUCUUAUAUCAGUGUAGAUACGAAAACUUUAAUUUGAAUUGCAAAUUUUUUGUAUCUAAAGAUUUUGAUUAUAAUAGUAGUUUUUUUUGGGUCACAAAUCAUAAGUUACGCAGGCGUAAUUUGUUAUCCAUUGAAUUUCGCUUGGAUUGAAUUCAACAACGAGUUGGAGCGGUUCCAUGUUUUAACGCGUGGUUUUGUUACCUUGAUGAAUUGGUUCAUUUUUGUCAUGUUUAGGGAAAGUUUUUUUUGAAAAGUGAGGUUUCAAUCAGGGUGUGGCGAGACACAAGGGUAUCUUUCUCGGAAAUGUCUGUGUUCCGGCUAUAGUUUAUGAAGUCGUUCUCUACUUACGAACUGGAAGAUUGGCAAGUUAUUACUUCCUAGAUCUGUAAUAUAUAGUGAUAGCCUUUUCUGAGCACUCGGUUACAAGCUAGAAAAAGCGAACAAGGGAGAAAAAGUGGGGUUGUUUCCUUUGUAUCCUGACAGACAGCUCCACAUAGGCUGAUAUCAUUAAACUAGUGUGAUAAUAAAAGUUGGCAAUGUACUUCCA